CUCGUUGCUCGAUGAUCACGAGUCUUCCGACCCCGGCCGAGGCGGUGCGCCCGCGUGGGCGGGCGAUCGUCGUCUCGUUGGCGGCGGCGACGCUCGCGGCGCUCGCGCUCUGCGUCCACCGCAACCAAUCGAGCUCGCGGCUGGGCAGCUCCUCUGAUGACGAGGUCCUCGCCCGUGGGUUUUUCGACGACGCCUUGGCGCCACGCUGCUACGACGAGGAGAAUUGCUUCUACGGCUGUAAGGAUGGCUACGAGCAGCGAUGGUCCGGAGCGGCCGCGCGCAGCUUGUGCUUCAAGCGGACGCCCACGCCUCCGCCUUCCCCUCCUCCUCCUCCGACGGCGCCCUCCGACGACCGCAAGGUGAACUGCAAGAGGCUGCCCAAGUUUUACGAGGGCGUCGCCACCGCAAAGCUGCAGGACUACCUCACGACCGAGCUCAAGCUGCCGACGCCGCCCGACCCCGGCGCCGAGAAGCAGCACAUGCUCGGACUCAUCCCGACCGACACCUACCGCUUCAACAUGAGCUACAGGAAGCUAAAGGCGCAUCUCCCCCCCGCGCCGCCUGGAGCGCCCCGCGCUGCCGUGGGGUCGGUCAAGCUGGUCGGCUGUCUGUACGAGGGCCGCAAGGCUGGCGCGCUGUGGCUCGACUCGCUCGACGCCUACCACAAGCUCGCGAAGAGCGUCCGCAACAAGGCGGACGCGCUCGGCGACAGCGUGCUCGGCUCGCUCGGAGGGGCGGUGGGCGCGAGCGACGGCGCGUACCAGGACUUCAAGGAGUGGCACGCGGGGUGGAAGCAAGACGGCCUCGCUGCCAAGGCCGCCGCCAAGGCCAAGGGGACGCUGCGCGAGCGCUUCUUCCCGGAUGCGAUCCGCGUCGAGGUGAGCGACAUCGAGUUCGAAGUUCAGUACGCGUACUCGACCUACAACGCCCUCGGCGUGCACUUGUGCAGCGGCCCGAUCACCGUCACCGGCCACGGCUCGCUCUGGUUCGACGACCUCUCUCUCAAGGAGAAGGACCUCGAGGCGCUGGUGGGCGGCAUAUGCAGCUUCGUCAGCAGCCAGUACAAGGACGGGUUCGCCCGGCCGGACCUGCUCGGCAUGGCGUGCAACGGCUUCGAGGCGGUGAAUCACAACCCGUUCUCCGACGGGUGGCACUGGGUCGGGCCAGGGGAGCGGCCGGCCGGCCUCGUCGGCAAGGUGCAGGAGUUCACGAAGAAGUCGUGCGGCUCGGUCGACUACGACAUGAACCGGCGCUGCAUGUUCACCGACGGCUGGGAGCAGGCCUUCAACCUGCUCCCGAUGCUCGAGGGGCUCGGCGCCGCGAACCCCUCCUUCGACAGCGAGGCGUACGCGCAGGUCGGGGACAAGGCCAAGCUCUGCCGCGCGGAGGGCGCGUCCUGCCACGUGUGGGACUGCUGCGGCGUCAACGGCGAGCUUAAGCCCAUGUGGUGCAACCCUUUCGCGAGCGGGCAGAUCGGCAGCAUCGGCAAGGCGCGCUGCGUGGUGUGCGAGGAGGGCGUCGAGACGGGCAGCAAGGAGUUCCCCGGAACCCUCGUCGCCUGCGACGCGACCCAGCGGCGAGCGGGCUAGUGGGUGAGUGCCUCCUGCCACCCCGCGCACUUAAGAUAGUGCGCGUAGUGAGUGGGCUGCCGGCGAGCGGGCUAGUGGGUGAGUGCCUCCUGCCACCCCGCGCACUUAAGAUAGUGCGCGUAGUGAGUGGGCUGCCGGCGAGCGGGCUAGUGGGUGAGUGCCUCCUGCCACCCCGCGCUGCGCGCGCACUAAGAUAGUGCGCGUAGUGGGUGGGCCGCCUUCUAGUGGUCGGCGAGGCCGUGGCCAGUGCCCCGGCCCUGCGGCGCCGCCUAGUGAGUGAGUGCUCGCCGACCCUCCCCACACUAAGUCGGCAUCGGUGCUGUGUUUUUUAGUUGGCGAAGGCUCCUGAGGAGA